AUGGCCCCAACACGCAAGCAACAACCCCUAGUCGACCACACUGCGGAGGAAGAAAGUCAGUCUGAACUGGAGGCGCAACUCACACAGCUGCGCGCCCAGAUUGCGACGCUGGAAGCUACUAACCAAGCUGCGCGCGCCACGAGUGGCGACCAUAAGCCCCGUGUGCCAAGUGGUUUGCCGAAGUUCAAGGGGAAGCGCGACGAAGACGUGCGUCAGUGGCUAUUCCAAGUCGAGACACUGUGUCGCAUCCAUGGACACGACGCCUCCGAUGAGAACGACACACUGCCCUCGAUCGCCGGUAUGGCUAUGGAAGAACUCGCGUCCGGAUGGUUCCUGUUCUGGGCCUUGAGAACGCCAGCGGAGGAUCAGACGUGGGGACAGUUCUCCCGUGACGCGAUCUCGCACUUCGAAGCCUCCAACUACCAAGCCAUGCUGCGGCAGAAGCUUGGACAGCUGCGCCAGGGCGGAGACAUCGAGGAGUACAACGGGAAAUAUUCCUCUCUGAUUUUCCGUGUCGAGAGCAUUGGUGAAGUGGAGCAAGUCAGCUACUACUGCGACAGCCUCAUGCGCGCGACCCAAGCCUACGUCAAGCUUCAGAACCCGACAGAGUUGAGCGAGGCGAUGGACCAAGCCGUCAAGUACAAGAUGUCUCACUUCGGUGCCGAACGCAAGACGGGGCGUGAGAGAUCGGAGCGUGAGCAACGCUUCCGUGGGCCACCAAGGUCGACCGCUACCCAAGACAGGAAGCCGUUCAACAAGCGCUCGUACAAGCCUGGUCACUACGCACCUGCUGAGCAGACGUGUGCUACUACUGCAAGAAGCCUGGUCACCUCAAGCGCGACUGCAACAAGCUGA